ACGACCAAAGUGCGCCAACCAUGACCAGCAUCGUGACCAAUUUCGCGGGUCGGAGGGCAAAGAAGGUGAUCGGUAAUCAUGCCAAGAUCUAUGAGCCGGAGGACCCCUUCUAUGUGACUUAUACGGAUGAUGGAGGAAGGGAGAGGAGGAUCAAGCGACCCCCACCUCCCGGUCUCACAAAGAAAGAGGCUAAACUCCUCCGCAAAAUUCAACGACGAGCCCACUACCUCGACAAGGGGUUCUACAUUUGCGGAUUCCGCUUCGGUUGGACCUUCCUCAUCGGCAUCAUCCCUGGAGUGGGUGAUAUCACUGAUGCGAUCCUCAACUACACGCUGGUGUUGAAGCCGGCAAAGAAUGAGGCCAAUUUGCCUGAUUGGCUCGUCCGCAAGAUGCUCUUCAACAACGCCGUUUCGGCAGGCGUGGGUCUCAUCCCCCUGGCAGGCGACCUGGUCCUCGCAAUCUGGAAGGCCAACAGUCGUAAUGCCAAGCUGCUCGAGGAGUUCAUGCGAGUCAAGGGCGAAGAGAACAUGGCGAACGGCUUGCCAAACUUGACGCCGCAUGUCGAUGAGAGGGGCAAGAGGGUAGACCAUCCAGCCCAGGGAGCCGCUAGGGCUGUUGCGAGGGGAGAGGGUGGAGCAGCGGAUGAGGUAGUCGCUGGGACAUCCACCGGCGCGACGGCGGCUACGGCUAGGGUUGGUCAAAAUGAGACGACGCAGGUUAAUAGGGCGGGCAGGUAGAAGUUGUAGAAGACUUCGACGCUAGGCAG